AUGGCCACGAAAAUUGUGAGUAGAGCCAUUGCAGGAGAGCCCCACCUACCAGAAGAUGAGCAGUAUUUAAAGUUGGAGAAGACAGCUGUCAUCAAGAUCCAGUCAUGGUGGCGGGGUACCGUGGUCCGCCGCACGCUGCUGCACGCGGCCCUCCGGGCCUGGGUGAUCCAAUGCUGGUGGAGGUCCCUGCAGGCCAAGACCAUGGAGCAGAGGCGCCGCCUGGCUUUGAGGCUCUACUCGUGCCAGGAGUGGGCGGUGGUGAAGAUGCAGGCGCAGGUGCGCAUGUGGCGGGCCCGCCGCUGGUUCCUGCAGGCCCGCUGGGCCGCCUGCACCAUCCAGUGUCACUGGCGAUGGUAUACCCGCCAGACCCGAGGCCUCAUCCAGGGCCACUACGCAGUCAAGGCUAGCAGGCUGGAGCUGGACAUUGAAAUCCUGAUGGCCUAG